CAUGUUUAUUAAAUUUACAUCUUAAAUUAUUUUAUAAGAUUGUUUCCCUCCCGCGAAGAUGUUGGACAUCUUCCGCGGUCUGAAGAACUUGAUCAAAGUCAGCCACAUCCAAAUCGACAACCCUGUAUUUCGUCUGCAUUAUAGCAUAACUGUUAUGAUAUUGAUGGCGUUUUCAUUGAUAGUGACAACUAGACAAUAUGUAGGAAACCCAAUAGAUUGCAUACACACCAAGGACAUUCCUGAGGACGUUCUCAACACGUAUUGUUGGAUACACUCUACUUAUGCGUUGAAGAGCUUAUUCCGCAAACGAGUUGGAAGUGAAGUUCCUUAUCCUGGUAUUGGAACCAGCGAGGGGAAGGAGUCGGACAAGAAGGUUUAUAAGUAUUACCAGUGGGUUUGCUUCUGUUUAUUUUUACAGGCAAUAUUAUUCUAUACUCCGCGAUGGCUGUGGAAGUCCUGGGAAGGCGGCAAGAUAAACGCAUUGAUGAUGGAUUUGGAUGUGGGUAUUUGCAGCGAAAUUGAAAAGAAGCAAAAGAAAAAGCUUUUACUAGACUAUUUAUGGGACAAUCUGAGGUACCAUAACUGGUGGGCAUAUCGUUAUUACAUUUGCGAACUACUAUCUCUGAUAAACGUAGUAGGUCAGAUGUUUUUGAUGAACCGUUUUUUCGACGGCGAAUUCAUGUCAUUUGGACUUGAUGUCAUAAAGCACCUCGAGUCUGAUCAAGAAGAGCGAAUGGAUCCAAUGAUCUAUAUUUUCCCCCGAAUGACAAAAUGCACAUUCUUCAAAUUUGGUGUGAGCGGAGAAGUUGAAAAACACGAUGCCAUCUGUAUUCUUCCCCUAAACGUAGUCAACGAAAAAAUUUACGUUUUCUUAUGGUUUUGGUUUAUUAUUCUGUCAAUCCUAACAUUUCUUACAUUAAUCUAUCGAGUAGUGAUAAUAUUUUCUCCAAGAAUGAGAGUUUAUUUGCUCCGCAUGAGGUUUAGACUGAUCAAACGUGAUGCCGUAGAAGUCAUCGUGAGGAGGUCGAAAAUGGGAGACUGGUUUCUCCUGUACAUGUUAGGAGAGAACGUUGAUUCGGUGAUAUUUCGAGAUGUUAUGCAAGAGUUGGCAAUCAGAUUAGGCCAAGAUCAACAUCACCACGUGCCUGGUGUCAAAGGAGAGAUCCAGGAAGCGUGA